GCCGUGAAAGAACAUUCUAAGCAUUUUCUUGCACAUUUACUCACCAAAAAGAUCGAAAAACAGCAUGGGCACUGAAGGCUCGAGUAGUCUUCCAGUGAUAGAUUUCUCUUUUUCAGAAUUAAGGCCAGGCUCUCCUCCCUGGGACUUGGUGAAAUCCCAAGUUGGAAAAGCCGCUGCGGAGUUUGGUUGCUUCCAGGCUUUGUUCAACAAAAUUCCUCAAGACCUUCGAAACGCAAUGAAUGGAGCAAUGGAAGAGAUGUUGCAAUUGCCUUUGGAAACGAAACGGCGCAAUGUUUCUGAAAAACCAUAUCAUGGUUAUCUUGGAUCAACUUCAGCAAGGUCAUCAAUCUAUGAGGGCCUGUGCAUAGUUGAACCUAGUAUCUACGAUAUGGUCGAAAACUUCACCAAUGUCUUGUGGCCUGAAGGGAACAUAAAAAUCAGCAAAACUGUGCAUUUAUUCUCUGAACCAGUGCUGGAAUUAGGUCAAAUAGUAAGGAGGAUGAUUGUGGAAAGCUUGGGUGUUGAGAAAUACUUGGAUGAGCAUAUAAACUCAACAUACAAUCUUCUCAGGGUCGCCAAAUAUGAGGCACCCCAAACUACAGAGAAAAAGACAGGGCUCAUGGCUCACACAGACAAGAACAUAACAAGCAUACUGUACCAAAAUGAGGUGGAUGGGUUAGAGAUACAAACCAAAGAUGGAGAAUGGAUCCCUGUGAAGCUUUCACCAGAUUCUUUUUUAAUCAUAAUCGGGGAAUCUUUCAAUGCUUGGACAAAUGGUCGACUGUAUAGCCCAUACCAUCGAGUUAUGCUGAGUGGAAGCAAGACAAGGUACUCUGCUGCGUUCUUUUCAGUCCCAAAGGAAGGCUACAUAAUAAAAGCCUUGGAAGAGCUAGUGGACGAAGACCACCCCUUGCUGUAUAAGCCUUUUGAUUACAGUGACUAUCUUAAUCGCCGUUUUGCAGAUGAUGGGAAGAUCAAAUCUAUACCUGCUCUGAAGAAUUAUUUUGGUAAUGGUAUCUGAUAUAUUUGGCCGUGUCAGUUCUGAUUCAGGGGUGACUAUUUGUUUAUGAAGGAGUGAACUUGGCAGCUAAAGUUCACAUUUCUGGUAACUAUAAAAUGAAAAGUCUGGACAUUGGCUAAUAGGUAAGUGGUGAAAUGCCUACCUCAUAAUGUAGUUAGUCAAGGGCUCUAAUCCCGACAAUUUCAAUCCGAAGAAAAAGAAUGUUUGUACAAGUGUGAAUUUGUGUGUGAGAUAUUGCACUUUGUUUAUUUAUGAUAUGCAAUUUGAGCUCCUUUUUCAUGAUA